AUGCAAUCGACUAUGUUGAGACGCAUGGGUAUCUAUAGAGUAUCAAGUCCGAAAUCACGUCUGGAUGAGCUAGAAAAGAAGGCUAAUGAAGGCGCACCUCUCAAUUUUGUUGAAGGUCACGAAGCUGCAGGAUUGAUCAAAAGGUUUCUGAGACAGCUUCCCGAACCCCUUUUAACAGCUGACAUCGAAAUGCUUGUAAAAGAGUGUGCUUGUAAUUGGAGAAGUAUAUGUCGGUGUGCCGUACGUGAUAAGAUGAGAGAACGGCUGCAUCGCAUUGGAAAGGCACAGUUUCAUCUCCUCGCUUAUAUGUUCCUACAUGUGCAAAAUGUGAUUAGAAUGGAAUCGGAAAACAAGAUGGGUAUCCAUGCAUUGGGAUUGCUCUUCCAGACUGUUCUAGAUAUUAGUAGGCAACUAGUAUGUUAUCUGAUAGUGAAUGCAAGUGCACGACUUUUCCCAGAUGCACCGAAGAAUGGCUACUUAUUCGACGAAGUGACGAUAGUCCCGUGA